AGCGGAAAGCAGUUCGGGCCCGAGCUCCGCGCGUGUGAUGUUUUGUUUACGGUGCUGUGUGGAUUAUUAAUAAUUCUUAUUUUAAUCCGGUGUUUCUCUCACUUUGGGAUUUGUAAUGCUCGCCAUCCAAUUGGAUAACUCCCCGUGGUUUUAGUGCUACCGUGCGUGUGAUUGUGCCAGAGUGUAGUGAAGUGGUUCUUUUUCAUCAAGUGCUUCUGUGCAAUUUGGUGUUAAAAUUUUCCUUUGCGGAUUGAAUUAAAUUAUUGCUGCUGUUCGUUCGUCUGUUUUUGUGCGAGGCUGAAUAUGUGUGUUUUGUGAAUUUUACCUCUUUGGAUUACCUCUUUGGAUUCAUCUACAAUGGAUCUCACUGCUAACUUAUUAAAGCAGCUUGGCUGCUUUAUUUUCCUCGCCUCAGCAGUGUCGGGUGCUGAGGACACGACGAUUGGCCCGGUGUUUAUAACAGAGCCGCCGAAUCGGGUUGAUUUCUCCAACACGACUGGCGCCGAAGUCGAAUGUAAGGCCAGGGGUAACCCGCCCCCCGAAAUCAUCUGGAUCCGAUCCGACGGCACUGCCGUUGGUGACGUCCCCGGCUUGAGAAAGGUGUUGCCGAACGGGAACCUCGUGUUCGCCCCUUUCGGAGCCGAGGACUACCGCCAGGAGGUCCACUCCCAGGUCUACGUCUGCAUGGCUCGCAACUCCGUCGGCACCAUUCAUUCCCGUGACGUCAACGUCCGAGCAGUGGUGCACCAGUUCUACCAAACUCGGGUCAUCGACGAGUUCGUGCUGCGAGGCAACACGGCCGUAAUCAAAUGCAUGAUCCCGAGCUUCGUGGCCGACUUCGUCCAAGUCGUCGAAUGGAUCACCGACGAGAAUCAGUCCUUCCCCAUCGAUAUGGCCAACGACGUCAAUAACUACGAUGGAAAAUACCUUGUUUUACCCUCUGGCGAGCUACAUAUAAAAGAUGUUGGCCCUGAGGACGGUUACAAAUCAUAUCAAUGUCGAACGAAACACAGACUGACCGGCGAAACACGAUUAAGUGCCACGAAAGGACGACUUGUUAUCACAGAACCUGUAGGAGCAAAAGCACCAACAUUCGCAAGUGACUCCAAAAGUCAUACUUUUACUCGUGCUAAUGGUCAAAGCUUUGCGUUACUCUGUCAGGCUCAGGCAAUUCCUUUACCUUCAUUCAGGUGGUAUAAAUUUGUUGAUGGGACCAAUCGGAAGCACCUCGUGACACUUGACGAUCGAGUAAAGCAGGUCAGUGGGACUUUGAUCAUUCGAGAAGCAAAAGUAGAGGACUCUGGCAAGUACCUGUGCGUUGUCAACAACUCAGUCGGAGGGGAAAGUGUGGAGACAGUUCUAACAGUAACAGCUCCUUUAUUUGCCGGAGUAGAACCAACAAUACAAACAGUAGACUUCGGACGGCCAGCAUCCUUAACGUGUAAUUAUAAAGGAAACCCUGUAAAAACAGUUUCUUGGAUGAAAGAUGGAAAACCACUUCUGGGACAUGAGGGCCCCACUUUGAAGAUUGACUCGGUCCGAAAAGAAGACAAAGGCAUGUACCAGUGCAUCGUCCGCAAUGAACAGGAAAGCGCACAGGCUGUUGCUGAAAUCAAGCUUGGUGGUCGAUUCGAUCCUCCAAUUAUCAAACAUGCAUUCUCUGAAGAAGUUCUUCAACCUGGACCAUCAGUAUUUUUAAAGUGUAUUGCAACUGGAAACCCAACUCCUGAGAUAACAUGGAAACUGGAUAACAAAAAAUUGUCUAACACAGACAGGCUGCAAGUUGGGCAGUAUGUAACAGUCAAUGGUGACGUUGUCUCACAUUUAAAUAUCACAUCUGUUCACACGAAUGACGGUGGUUUGUAUCGUUGUAUUGCAACAAGCAAAGUAGGAUCAGCGGAGCACUCUGGACGACUGAACGUCCACGGGCUGCCAUUUAUCAGGCCAAUGGAAAAGAAAGCAAUUGUCGCUGGAGAAACGCUUGUAGUUACCUGUCCUGUGGCUGGAUAUCCCAUCGAAGCAAUAGUAUGGGAACGAGAUGGACGUGUCCUGCCCAUCAAUCGAAAACAAAAAGUCUUCCCUAAUGGUACAUUAAUCAUUGAAAAUGUUGAGCGCUCCACCGACCAAGCAUCAUACACCUGCGUCGCUCGCAACUCACAAGGCUAUAGUGCAAGAGGCACUUUAGAACUUCAAGUAAUGGUUCCACCAAAAAUUGCCCCUUUCUCAUUUGGUGAUGCGCCUCAUGAAGCUGGUGAGUCAGUAUCAACGCAGUGCUCAGUUUCCUCCGGAGACUUGCCCGUGGACAUUUCCUGGAGUUUUGAUGGGUCCGAGGUGAUCUCAAGUCUUGCAGGAAUAACUACUCAAAAAGUUGGCCGAAAAGGCUCCACCCUUUUUAUAGAAUCAGUCAACGCCCAUCACCGUGGAAACUAUACAUGUAUUGCCAGAAAUGAUGCAGGGUUGACAAAUUAUUCAACCAGUUUAAACGUUCAUGUUCCGCCAAGGUGGAUUGUUGAACCCUCUGACAAAGCAUUUGCCCAAGGCAGUGACGCUAAGGUUGAAUGCAAAGCUGACGGAUUCCCACGGCCACAGGUUGCUUGGAAGAAGGCUACAGGUAAAUCCCCUGGAGACUACAAGGAUUUAAAACCAACAUCCAAUGUUAAAGUUGAGGAUGGAACUCUAUCAAUAAGCAACAUUCAAAAGAAUAAUGAAGGAUAUUAUCUUUGCGAAGCAGUCAAUGGCAUAGGCUCAGGACUCUCGGCUGUUAUCAUGAUCAGCGUUCAAGCUCCUCCCCAGUUUGAAUUUAAACUCAAGAAUCAAACUUCGAGACGUGGGGAACCAGCCGUUCUUCAGUGCGAGGCGAAAGGUGAAAAACCAAUUGGUAUUCUGUGGAACAUGCACAACAAACGCCUGGACCCAAAAAGCGAUAACAGGUAUACUAUCCAUGAAGAGAUCUUACCCAAUGGCGUUUUAUCAGACUUAAGUAUUAAAGCUACUGAAAGAGGAGACUCGGCGCUUUUCACUUGCGUAGCAACCAACGCCUUUGGAAGUGAUGAUACAAGCAUUAAUAUGAUCAUCCAAGAGGUACCAGAAGUACCAUAUGGCUUAAAAGUUCUAGACAAGUCAGGCCGUAGUGUCCAGCUGGCCUGGUCCGCUCCUUAUGAUGGCAACUCACCUAUCAAACGAUACGUAAUUGAAUACAAAAUAUCCAAAGGAUCUUGGGAAACAGACAUUGAUCAUGUUCUCGUGCCUGGUGAACAAACGGUUGCAGGAGUCUUUACUUUACGUCCAGCUACAACUUACCACUUCAGAAUUGUUGCAGAAAAUGAAAUUGGGUCCUCAGAACCAUCAGAUACUGUUACGAUCAUCACAGCAGAAGAAGCACCAAGUGGUCCACCGACUGGUGUCAAAGUUGAUGCUGUCGACCAGUACACUCUGAAGGUUAUGUGGAAACCACCCGAGCGAGAACAUUGGAAUGGUGAUAUUCAAGGAUAUUACGUUGGCUACAAACUAACUCAAACAGCUGAUAAACCGUACAUUUUUGAAACAGUUGAGUUCCGUAAGGAGGAAGGGAAGGAGCACCACCUACAGAUUGUCAAUCUGAAAACCUACACACAAUACUCUGUAGUAGUUCAAGCUUUCAACAAGCUUGGAGCCGGCCCAAUGUCCGAAGAAGUGAAACAGUACACGGCUGAGGGCACCCCAGAGCAGCCUCCUCAAGAUCUAACUUGCACGACGCUUACAUCACAGACCAUCCGAGUUUCAUGGGUAUCGCCCCCUCUGGAAACAGCUAACGGUGUCAUCAAAGGUUACAAAAUAGUCUACGGCCCCAGCGACAGUUGGUAUAAUGAGUCUACGAAAGAUACAAAAAUUACGUCUGCGAGCGAAACUAUCCUGCAUGGUCUGAAGAAAUUCACAAAUUACACAAUGCAAAUCUUAGCUUACACUGUUGGAGGAGACGGAGUCAAAAGCAGUCCAAUCCAUUGUCAAACUGAACAGGAUGUCCCUGAGCCGCCAAUAGCUGUGAAAGCACUUGUUAUGUCGGAGGAAUCUAUUUUAAUCAGCUGGAAGCCACCAAUCCAACCCAAUGGGAUAAUUACUCAGUACACUGUGUAUGUAAGAGUGGAUAGUGAAGAAAACAAGGAGGAGCCAAGCAGUCAAAAAGUUCCGCCAUUCCAAAUGAGUUACGAAGCAUCCGGAUUGAAACAAAGUGAGCGCUACGAAUUUUGGGUCACUGCCUCGACCAAUAUUGGAGAAGGCCAACCUUCAACUACUGUCGUUCUUUCACCGAGUAACCGAGUCCCUGCCAAAAUUGCCUCAUUCGAUGAUGUUUUCACUGCCACGUAUAGGGAAGACGUGAAAUUACCUUGUUUGACCGUUGGCAACCCAGCUCCGGAAAUUGCUUGGAAAGUAAAAGGUGUUGACUUUGAAUCGAAUGAAAGAAUGCGUCAGUUACCGGAAGGAUCCCUGCUUAUCAAAUCAGUAACACGGACGGAUGCUGGAGAGUACUCUUGCUCUGUAGAAAAUAACUAUGGCCAGGAUUCAGUCACUCAUCAGCUCAUGAUCCUUGCUCCUCCGCACAAGCCAAUUGUCACUUUGACCUCGUCGACCACCAAUUCUAUAACGAUGAAGCUUCAACCGCACCAAGGUGACACAGAACCGAUUCAUGGCUAUACUGUUCGCUACAAGGCUGAAUUUGGAGAGUGGGAGUCCAUUCAGGUUCCAGCUUCUGCCCAAAAGUAUACCAUCGAAAACCUUUGGUGUGGGUCUAGAUACCAGAUUUCUGUAACUGCGUAUAAUGGAAUUGGCACUGGUGAUGAAUCUGAUGUUUUAAACACAAGAACCAAGGGUUCCAAACCAGUCAUACCAGACGCUAGUAGGUUCAUAGAAAUUUCAACAAACAGCAUAACCCUUCACUUAAGUGCUUGGUCUGAUGGUGGCUGUCCAAUGCUCUAUUUCGUAGUCGAACACAAGAAAAAGACACUCACUGAAUGGAUUCAAAUCUCAAAUAAUGUGAAACCUGGUGGGAACUUUGUAGUACUGGAUCUAGACCCUGCAACGUGGUAUGUUUUACGUGUUACGGCCCACAAUAAUGCAGGUUUUGCUGUCGCUGAGUAUGAUUUUGCAACUCUAACGGCCACCGGAGGAACAAUAGCCCCGGCCAGGGAGCUACCUGAUUUCGGAGGCUCAAGCGAAGCCACAAUCCGCCUCCUCCUGGCAAAUGCUUAUUUAAUUGUUCCUGUCGCGUGCUCAAUUCUAGUCGUCAUUGUAGCCGUUUUUGUUUUAUGUUUCUUCCGCGACAAGCGCAUGAAUAACAAAGAUGAUAUUGUGUACAACCAAUCGAUGGUUGGCGGUAACACAAUGGACAAGCGAAGACCAGACUUACGAGAUGAACUUGGCUACAUUGCUCCCCCGAACCGUAAACUCCCACCAGUCCCAGGUUCCAACUACAAUACAUGUGACCGAAUCAAAAGAGGUUAUCCAAAUUCUUGCCGCGGACAUGCAACAUGGAACCCUCGAGGAAGGCACAUGUAUGAAGAACUGCCCCCAGGUAGGGGUAGGUUACCGCCUUGCGUGGGCUCUGAUGAGACUAUGUAUCAUUCACAUGGAGGUGUGGAUGAUGAAAUAUGCCCGUAUGCAACAUUCCAUUUGCUUGGUUUCCGAGAAGAGAUGGAUCCCUCCAAAGCCAAUAAUGUCCAGUUCCAGACGUUCCCUCAUCAAAAUGGCCAUAGUGGUACACUGAAUCACUCGCCUGCUUCAAAUGGUCAUAUUCACCAGCGCUCGGGCUCCCAGUCAAUGCCACGAGCAGGAAAUGGCCGGUACUCCAGAGUCAGCACUGGGCCAAACAACACACCAUUUUCGCCAGAAUAUGAUGAUCCUGCCAAUUGUGGUGAUGAAGAUCCAUAUGGCAGUCAGUAUGGUCCAUAUGGCGCACCAUAUGAUCAUUAUGGCAGUAGAAAUUCCGUAGGAAGGAGAAGUGUCGGAUCUCUCCGUAACCUACCUCAGUCAUCCGGGAGCCCUGAGCCUCCGCCACCUCCCCCUCCCCCUAGGAAUCACGACUCAAGCAACAAUAGUGGUAAUGAUUCUAAACUAAGUAAUGAAAUCUCUGAAGCAGAGUGUGAUCAUGAUCAAUUAGUCAACCGUAGUUAUGGUGUGGGUAUGAGAGGAAACUCCAAGGAUGGCAUGACCACCGAGGAGAUGCGAAAACUGAUUGAGAGGAAACCAAACGAAGGAAACCACCAACAGUACCUCCAACAAAACGGAGGACUCAGCACAACCUAUGAUACUGUGGCAGUGUAACCUCUAGUCAUCCAGCGAAGCGGAACUAAUCUUUUCUAAGACGGAUUAAAUCAAUGACUGUGAUCUGAUUGAAUCACAAGGCGAGGAAAAUCAUGGUCAAGACUGGUUUGUCUCGUUUCCUUAGUGUAAAUAUCUUGUAAUUCUACGCUUGUGCUUUCUGACGCGUCUGUUAUUUUGUGCCCGGUUUCAGUCCCAAGCAUCUAGUAAUAAUUGUUUUAUAAGUCAAGUUAUCCUCAGCAGUAUACUCAUACUGCAGCUAUGUUUGCGUUAAAUCUACGUCAGUAAAAUAAGUAUCCGUUUGUAUAUAUGCAUAGUGUAGGUAGUGUUUCAGCAAUGUGCUGACAUUUUUUGAGUCAGAUUCAAAUUUUUUAUCCUGGAAAUGUUGGAAAAUGCUUUGAUUCAUAUUGAAUUUUUUUUAAAUGAGGACUAACUUUUUUAAAAUAGCUGAACUGGGUAUUGUAGACCGAUUAUAGGAAGCUGAACGCACAUUUUCUAUAAAAAUCUGUUCCAGGUUUGGAAAAGACUCUUUUCAGUGGAUUUCCUGUAGUUAAUGUUCUCAAAAGCAAUUACUCUCUAUUCAGACUCAAACAAUCGUUUUUCAAAUCUACUAUCUCUAAGAUUUUAAUCUGCUGUUAGUUCCUUGAUGUUAUUAUCGUCAUUACUAUAUUUCACUGAUUUUUAAAAAUCAGUAAUUCAUUUUAUUUUUCAAGGGAAAAGCUUUAGUUUUCUAAUAUAUCUUUAUGGAUACAUUAAAUCAGAACUUAAUCAAAGUUUUACUCUAGUUUAACCGUAUUAUUGAUACUGUUACACAUAUUACUCUACAUUUUCUUUAAUUGCAAAAUUAUAAUUUCCCUCAUGUCUGAGUUCUUGUUUUGUCCGUUUUAUUGGUGUGUUGAUGUGAUGCGCUUGAUAAGUCUAAGCGUAUGUUUCAGUGAAUGAUGAGAGUCAUUCUAAUGGGUGCUUUAACGAAUUUCUUUUAAUUUCUAAUGAUUUUUUUUAGUUGAUUUAAGAUUUGUGUAAAUAUAUGAAUCUCAAUAUUUCUUUUCUUGCUAAAAAUGUAAGCCUCUAUUCCAAUCUAGCUUUUCAGUCCAAUUGGUGUUAUUUUGUCAAGACAAGAUUUUUGUAGUUAUACUCUCGUAAUUAUUGCCACGUUUCUCAAAAAAUGCAAUCGCUGCAAAAAAUUCCAAUCAAAUUAUUUCUUUGAUGGCAAGGCAGCGUAUGAUUGCUAAAUGCACAGCAGUUAUUUUUUUGUACAUAGAUUCUCUAAUUUUAACUAGAGUUUUAAACUUUUAUUACUUAGAUAGGUUUUGAUCUUGAAUUUUAUGUGAAUUUGACCUACAAAAAUGUGUACACGGAAAAAAAAGGUUGUCUUGUGCAGCCAUGAAGAUGGUUGAUUCGACCAUCUUCGAAAGCUGAAUACCGCGCCAACCAACUUGUUGGGCAGAUCGACAACCAGCAGGUAGUGACGCUGGCUUCAUGCCGCGCGGCUGGGUCAGCCCUGCAAAGAUGGUUAGAUCAACCCGAGCGCUCGGCCGCACGGUGGAUCGAACCCUGCAAAAAGUCAGACAUGGGCGUUUCUCACAAAUAGUCAUUUCAUUGACGUAAAAGUCUUCCCAAAGAGUUAUAUUUUAUGAUACAGGUAUUGGUUUUCAAUUUUUCAAUCCCAAUUUAGCGCAUACAGCCUCCCAAAGUGGCUCAGGCGGCACUCGAGAAAUAUUGCCUCUUUCGGGACAAAUCGUUUGCCGGUUGGCAUUUCCUCCCAGUAGAUUUAUGACAAUUUCUGAUAAUGGAAGCUUACUCUCCUCUUUAAGUAGAAUAUAUUUCACUGAUAACAUUUUAAAAUAUCGUCAUUUCUACGCGCGGUAUUCCUGCUUAAAAGUACUUCCCUCAAAACCAUAAAAAAAAUAAUAAAAGUAGACUUUUAACUAGCUAUUUCCGCGUAUUUCAGGGAAUCCUUGGUAUAGCAGUGUUAACUGCUCCCUGAAGAUUCAUUAUCAAGAAAAAUUGGCUGCCCCAAAGUGCCAUUUUGGGAAUAAAGCGCAAAUGAUUCUGGAAAAGUGAAAUUCGCAUAAUUGUGGCUCGAGAGAAUUUGAAUUCUACAGGUUUGCAACAAAGAAAAUUUGGGCAUAUGAUACAUGAUUCAUACGUAAUUUUUAGCGCACCCUGAAAUGACCUUGGUUUUUCCCCUACAUCCACCAUUUUUCCGGAAAAUUGAGAUUUUCCACUUAAAAUGGACUUUUCGGGAAAUGUGAUUUUCCGCAAAACUGGUGCAUGGUGAAGAGGAACCAAGGUCAUUUUCGAAUCCAGGAGACUAAAAUACAUGGAAAAACAUGCCGCGCGUGGUUAAAAAAAUGUCCACAUUGUUUCAGAUAACGGGGGUUUUCCUCUCAAAUGUCCUAAUCGACGCAUAUGAUACUAAUCUGUUUGCUUUGCGUCUGGAAAGACGGGAAAAUUAUAUCAAGUUUGUGUCUAAUGGAGCAUCUUUCAUCUACUGCCUGCUGCUAAAGUCAAAAAUGGCCUAAAUUCUUUUCUAUCUCCUAACUAUUUCCCAAAAACUUGCAUUUUUUUGACAUCGGAUUUUUUUUUUUAUGUUUAAUUUUUUCGGAAAAUUAGAAGUUAAUAGAGGAAAUUGAGGUAAUUUGAGCUUCAGCAGCAAUCAUGAAGCCGAAGAAGCUCCAUUAGAUACCCAAGUAUAAAAAAAAGACAGUGUACAGUAGUGACUCGCGGGGUCUUUAAUUAGGAAGGCUCGGAUAAUGUUUGAUUUGUGUUGAUUGAUGUGUAUUUGGUUUGUAUUUUUCUCUCAUAUUUUCCCCAUUAUCAUUUUCUUUUGUAAGAAAGCUGAAGAGGUGCCCCUUCAGGAAUGAAGGAGAAAGGAGGUCCUCUGUUUCCUCUCAAAAUUUUCGGAUUUCUUUUAAUUCAUUUUUUGGGGGAGGGGAGGGGAAAGGGUAAAAUAGAUGAGUAAUAAACGUUUUAUACACGAUAUUUAAACAUUUUAUCGGAGAGAAAAGUCCCUCGAACACUUAAAACUCCGAUUAAAAUGAGUGUAGAAAGUUUAAACUAUUAUCUGUUGUUUAACAAUAUCUCUCUAUUUAUCUGGAAUUGUGCCAAAAUACGUAUCUAAACCCAAUAAUCAGUAAGACAGUCAUCAAAAAUGAAAUCUGCGAUGAAAAAUACGUAAGAAUCAUGUAUCCUGCUUUGUUUUAUGAGCGAAAACACUACGUAAAUAAGCAAACCAAGUCGCGUGAUGUGCCAUGUCCGGCCUGCCCUAUGACUCGAUCCACCGUGGGCCGCAGCGCCCAGCAUUUAUGUCAAAGUGACCCAUUUUGAGGGCUACGCUGCCCGCUUGGUUUUGCCAAAAUGGACAGCGGUCAUUGCUGCAAUUUUUCAGGGCUUUUAAUGGAAAAUAGGGGGCCAGGAGCCCCCUAAAAUGAAUAUCCGAGAACAAGUUAAAACAGAUAGAUUUAAAGAGAAGACGGUAGCUUUAGAAACGAUUUAAACACGAAUUUGUGCAAAUUACGCGUAAAUUCACAUGGAUUAAUAUAGAUAAAUAAAACCAAGCACACAGACUCCGAACGGCAACGUGAUGAGCUCGUAAACUGAUUAAGUGACAAAGGAAAAAUGCCGGACCGCAGCUCAGUCAGGCGGGAGCUCUCACCGCGCUGACUGUACCUAACGGUUGGGUCGCCUUUGUGACGGCCAGUUCAGCUUUUUCAAGAUGGUUAACCCGUCCAUCGCAGCCACAGCAACAUCUGCCAUAAGAUUUGUGCUGGCUGUGAGGGUAUGAUAACAUACAUUGCUGGUUGCACCACUUAAAGAUGCAACAGUUGGAUUUAAUUUAGGCGUAUAGGUACAUUGGAUUUGUGUUUGGUCACAUCGGUCAACAAGGCUGGUGAAUCCAACUAUUUUUGUUGGUUCUCACAGCUAUUUACUCUUCAACCAUACCGCAUUAGCUGUUAGAGACAACCUAUUUUUUUCCGUGUAUGACUUUAGGUUUUAAUUAUUCUUGUGGAGAGUGAUGAACAGCAAACAUUUUCUGUGUAAUUCCUUGCCUCAAUAUUACCACAAUUUUCCCAGAAGUUCCUCAACAGUUAUCGAAUUGUUUUCGUACACUUUUACUUUUAGACUUUUACCUCUCGUUCAAGAGUAAAUCAUCAAUGUGUCUGGGAGAAUGUUCGCAGAAGUCACAAACAGGAAAACUUUUUAAAGCUUAUCGUGUUUAACAGUCGGUAUGUUGAAUACCUACAUGCAAGUAUCCACAUUUUACAUGCAGUAAGCUGACAUGAAGUUAGAUCAGGGAAGAAAAAAAGACAGUGAGAGCUUGUUUCAAUCUUUAAAAUUUUGUGAUAUUUUGAAGCUACGUGUACUGUACAAAGAAAUUGAGCAAAAGCUGUCUGCCGAAAAAACUUAGUUUGUACUUUGAGGCAUUUCAGAAUACUGCUUGGAACCAAGAAAAAAUAUUUAUCUUAAAGGAAAGAAAACAGAAAACAAGCGUAAUAUUCUGUAUAACUCUUUACUUUAAAGUUUAAUCGAAAUUUACAAGAGCGUCUAAGAAAAAACAAUGAAAACCUGACUUUGACAUACUGGUCUACUUAUUCACAAGACGAAUCAAGCUUUUUAUAAUAUAGUUAGUUUUUUCUUCUUUUUUUAACAAAAACUUUUGUUGAAAACUCCUCUGUAGAGAAUGAACUUAUGAAGAGAAUUCACUGUAAAUAAAAGAUAAAAUAAUUGUCUUUGCUCUAAGCUCUCUGCAAGAAUACUGGAACCUCUUCACGAACUGAACAAAAGGAGAUGGGUUUCAGCCAUGAAAGAAAUUCUUUUGUCUUUUAGUGUAGGGAAAAUGCUGUGAGAUAAUAUAGAAUAAGUAAUGCUAGAUUUUAUGCUGUGACUUGUGAUAUUUCUUUCCCUUCUCGCAGUUCCAUGCCAGUCGGUAAAUAACCAAAGAAGUCAAAACCAGUUCCGAAUAGAUUUCACUCGUAUGCAAUUUUAUAUUGCCUCACCUGACAUUUUUAGUCUAACGGAUAUGCUUGUUGGUGGCUGGACACACUACCGCUCAGUGCUCAAUCACCGACGUGCCUGUCAAUGAGCCAAAAGAGUCUGAAGUCAGUGUUUUCUCGCUCUAGCAAUGAAUUAUCAAAUCUAAAAGAUGUAGCAAAUAUUUACUGGUCUCAAAUGAGGCUUAAAUAACUAAGUCCACCAAUAUGUCAAAACAAGCUGCCCGUCUUCUAUCUUGAAUACUUAUGUUAAAUUUUCAUGUAACUUUUGCCGAAUCUUCUCAAUAACUGUCAGAAAAUUCUGUACAGCUCUUAUUGAUAUUUUUAAGGACCAAGUUAACUUUGUUCAAACUCAACAGAUUCAGACCCUCUAGAUCUUGUAUCUAUUUUCUAAGCGUAUUCUCUAGUUUUAGUUUUGAAAGAAUCAAGUAAUUACAAAAAAACUGCUCCAAAGUUUUCAGAAUUAUUUCUGGCUGUCUAACGAUAAGAGGCAAGCUGUUAAUUUGAUUAAAACUUGAUGGAACAAAUACUGAAUCGAAGUGUGAGGUAAGGCUCUAAGAACAAUGGUUUUUUUUGCUUAGAAAUAUGUGAUAAGGAUGAUGUAUAUUUUAAUAUUUUCUAUCAAUUUUAGCUUUGUAAUGGAAGCUUCUCUGUGUUAUUGUAAGUUUCUGUGGCUAGAUUUUUUUUUAAAACACAUGAAUUGUUUCGAUGUUAGUUUUUAUCCCAAAAUACUCGUAUGAGCAAAUAUUACAUAGUUGCAUUGUUUAAUGGGGAACUUUCAAUUAUUGUACUCUAAUUUAACUUUGUCAUGACCCUUAGUUUUCCGCCUUUUUCAAGCGCAAAGUAUGGAUAGUAGUCAAUCAAUGUAUCUUCCUCUUUUUGGUCUCCUGUAAGUGAAGCUCAACUUAAAUUUAAGUGAUUUCUAGAAAAAAAUACAGGAAAAGUAAUGUAGGAAUUGGGCUUCUCAUAUUUAAAGAAAAUUAACAUGCUCGCCACCCUUUUUGAGCCGAGUUUGAAGAAGCUUGGGAUUGGAUCUUAGUCCACUGUCUGUGUGCAGUCCUCCUUGAAUUUUCAUGAAAAUUCAUGUUAGAACCCUUCAAAGCUCAUGUUGGUGAAUCAGAAUUUCAAAAGGGAAGAAGAAAAAGCACUUAUGUGCAUAAUACUAUUUUUGAACCUAUGUAUUGUGAUAUUUCUGUUUUUUAGAUCUUGUAUAUCCCCCCUCCCCCUAUCCUGUUCUGAGCUGGAAUAUUUUCAUUUCAUCUCACCAAAAAACAAAAUUUGCUGAACUUUAAUCUUUCUCUCUCUAUGAAGCGCUGGAGGAAAUGAAUAACUUAAAAUAUUUAAAUGAUGGAGUGUAUGCGAAGUAUAAGUACAUAAAUAUUUCUGUAUCACUUACUGGUUUAGUCUCUCUGUUCUUAAUUUUGAUGCUAAAAUAGUGGAAACUUAAUUCUAGUGGUAUCGAUUUUUAAACUUUAUAUUUUUAACUAUCUCUUCUUUUUUUCCUCCAGUUUGAAACUGUCAAACUCCUUUUUGUUCAAAUUAGGUUGUGAAUAGAGAAGUCUCUCAAUUAAUGUCAAGGUCUUGGAUGUACAGGUUAAAUUAAGAACUCUCAAUUCUUCUGUGAUAAUGGGAACAUUAAUUAAAAUGAGUGAAUUACCAUGAUGUUAUCUUAACAAAGCCCUAUGUUUACUCACAGGUUGCAAAUUUUUUUUUUUUUCUUUCCCUCCCAAGAAAAAUUUAUGUUAAGUGAGCCAAGAUCAAGGAUCUUAAAAGUAAGCACCAUCUAAUCUGAUAAAUCAUAACAAACCGAAAAUAUUGUCUAAUAAGAAGGAAUACUUUUUCUGUUUAGAGCAACGAAGUGAAUCUUCACAGGGAUGUUCGGCCUUUCAGGAAGUUUUUGUCCAGUUAAAAAUUAAAGUUUGCAAAAUAAUAAUGUUUUAAUUAUUUUCCCCUUGUAAAGUAACUUCUAACCUAUUCAUGAGUGUCCCUCACUAGAAAGCUUGCAGAAGGAAGUUAAUUGAAAAAUUUUGAUAUGGGUUGUCUGCUUAUUGAUAACCAAUUAAAUUUCUGAAAGGUUUAACAAAUUUAAAAAACUCCUAUAAACUGGUUUUUUCAAUUUAUGUAUCAAAUAUUUUAAAUUCAAUUACUCUUCUUUCGACAGCUGUGUUUAUCAGACAAGUGUAGGACUCUGUGCUUGUACUCUGUUCAUUAGAUUUUUAAUGAUUUUCUAUCCUAAAAAUCAUUUUAACUUUGGAGGAACAGAUCCUGUUUGUCAUUUGUGUAGGUAAUCUCUAUCCAGCCUUUCAUUACAUGGUAAUCAGUCUCUUUCAAUGUAACAUCAUCAACUUUUAAAACUUUUUCUUGUUCCUCUUUUUUUAGUCUCCUCAUUUUUCCAGAGGGUGUUUCCUUUUAUGGACUGAAGUUGUCUAUUUGCUCAAAAAUUAGUUGCUUUUUUUUUUCUUCUGAAGAACCAAGAGUUAUGCCUCUCCAUUAUGUCAGCUUCAGCUGGCACCGUUUCUGCAAAUCUUAUUUAUUUAGUGCUUACCUGUCCUUCAUAACAGCUUCCUCUACAACUUCCUGUACCGCCAGUCUCAGAGAUCUUUGGACCAUGCUUGCGAAAGCCUUGACAAUUUGAAGGCUAUAGUGUGAUUUUGCUUCCCUUGUCUGAAAAUUUUAGUGGAUAGCUAGCUGCCAUUUUAUAAAGUCUAUCUCUUCAAGAAAACUUCCAUAGCAAAGUCAAUCAAAAUAUCAAACACAAGAUUUGAGAUUUUCUUAUCUUAGUGCUCAACAAGAAUUUUUUAUCUUGUUUUAUUUUUAAUUUUUUUACUUUGUCGAUAAUUUUUAGUGACCCUGCAUCAAAUUUACCAUUACUUUGAAUGUUAAAAUCACAAAAAAUGCCCUUGAAUUCUCUAUUCUGCCCUCCUGUAACACCAUGAUAACUAAGAGUAGGAGUGAAUAAUGGAGUAAUUUAAAGAUUGUAAAUAUGUGUAAAUUACUGAAAUGUCAAAGUUACCUGCAUGUUUCUUUUUAAUAAUGUAGAGGCAUCGAAAGCUGUUACGUUGUAGGGAAGACUGUUCACCGUGUCUACUAUUUUUUUAUUAAUUUAAUGAAACAAUUACUUUCAAGCAUUUGAUUUGCCUAGACCACAGGAUAAAUGCAUUUAAGUAGUUCAAAAGGAAAUCAAAACUCUCAUCAGCGCUUUACCCGGUACUUUUACAUUAGCUUUUUCCCAGCAUGUGUCAAUCUUAUCAAAUCACCUUUAAUGAUCAAGAUUUUUUAUUUAACAAAAGUACCCCUCCUAUGUAACAAAAAUAAGAUCAUGAAGUUAAGUAUAUAUUUUCCUGUGGACAAAAAAUAUUUAACUUUCGAAAUUAAUCCCAGGAAAGUGAGUAAGAAAAAAAACAAAAGAAAAGAAAAACAAAGUGGAGAAAGAGGAAAAACACUUUAAUCCUUGUUUUUGAUCUGAGUAUUGCAAAAUUGAAUCAUAGAUCAAAUUUAGCAGCAUUUUAUAGUAGAUUCUUCUUUGUCAUAUAUACAAAUCCAUUCAUAACGUUUUGGAAAUAAUUUGAACCCACUAGAACCAGGGGAGAUAAAAGCAAACUUAAAUGUUAAGUGGGAAUGUCCUGUCUGUUGUUUGAAGCUUUGAAGUGCUGUCAACUUUGUAGCUGUACUCAUAUUUUCAGCUAUAAAAGAGUAAAACUUACUUAUCGUGCCAUUUUGCUUGGAAGUAAUUUUUUCUUUUUUCCUCUCUUUUUUCAAUUUUCCCUUUUUUUUCUUAACCCAUUCACCUGAUGUAACAAACACAUCUAGCACUCCUUCAGGAAAUUUUCAACAAUUUACAGCUAGUUAUUUGCCCAAUAGGCCUGUUGCAAACUUUUGCUAGAGCAAAACUAAGAGUUGUUUCUCAUAGAAAAUGCCUCCAAAAUCACCGUGAACGCAUUGGCGAAGUCUGAAUUGCACUCUUAACUUCACAAUCUGCGUAAGAAAUUUGUGUUUUUUUGAACUUUCCUAAAUCGAUACUAUAGCACCGGUAAACAAUUCGUCAGAGUUGUUUAUCCAAACCCUGUGCACCAGGAUACCAUGCAAUAUUCUGUAUGGCUGAUGCUUAUCCGUCAAAACGAGACGGUAUUUUAUCAAGCGCCGUUUUUAUAUUUACAUUUUCCUUGCGUUGAUAAAGGCCGUGAUGCCUCCUCACGAUUUUCUUGCAGAAGCAUCAGCCAUGUCGGAUAUUGUGUAGCAUCCUAGUGCGCAAGGGUUGGAUGGACUGACUCCUCUCACAAAAUGCUCACCUGUGCAAGAGUUUAAUUUUUGAUGCAGGAAGCUUGAAAAACGCGAAUUUCUCUUGCAGAUUGUAAAGUUAGAAGUGCAUAUUAGACUUUCCCAAUACGCUCAUUGCAAUUUUUAAGCCAUUUUCCAUAAGAGACAUCUCUUCUUUUGGCUCUAGCUAAAGUUUGCUACAGGCGCAUUGAUAGCAUAUGGAGCCCUCUCAGUAAGAAGUGCCAGGCAACUGAUUUUUAAAAAUUAAAUCAUAAUUUGUUCUAAAUCGUCCUUUUUUUGUUCUAUAACUUCAAGAUGCCAUAGAAAUGUCAAUUUUGGGUUGCAUUCUCAUUAAAACGACAGCACCUGUCCAAGCAGUGGUACCCUUAUCUGAUAUUUUAGUUUUUGGGAGCUAUACAUCUACUCUGUAUGGCCAGUCAGUGGUCACAUUUAAUUCAAACAAUUAACUUUUUCCAAAACUGUGGUGUCAUUCUUGUGAUAAAACCUACUAAAAUUACUUACAACCAAGCAUAAAUCAAUAUGUGGAAAUUAAUAUUGAAAAGAUGCCACUCUGAUAUGCAUUAGUCCUUAAAAAUGUAUUACAAUCGCAAUUUUCUUUUUUCAACUGCUUAAAAGCAAUUUAAUUCUGAAACAGGGCUUGGUUACUAUUCUCUUAAAUUUCAUUUUAUCAUGAGCCUGGUGAUAAUAAGGAAUUGAUUUUACCAAAGAUUUGAUAAUUAUUGUUUUCUUUUAUACCUGUAAGCCAUAUUUUAUUUUACCUCAUUUCUCAUGCAUGUGUAGCUUGUCCAAAACUGAUCAAAAUAUUUUCAUCACUAACUCCUGGACUAUAAUUUGAAGCCCACCAAUGAAAGCCACAAGAAUCUCAUUUUUCCCAAUUUUACAAACAUUCUCAGUUUUUUUUUUUUUUUUUUCCCCAUCAACUGCUCUUGAUCUUUACUAACCAUUUGUCUCCACAAUUAGUUUUUCUUAUUCAUGUUCAUGUUUUCUCUUUCUUCCACUCUCCUAUUCUCUCUUUUGCGUAAAUUUUAUCUAACCUAGGAAUCUCUUUGCGAUAAAAGUGAAAAUUGAUCAUAGACUUCAUUUAUUGUAUCUUCCAAUGUUAUAUCCUCAUUUUUAAAUAUCACAUCUCUUAAUAGUUGUUCUGCUGAUAUACUUCCUGCCCCUUUUUUUAAUUUACAUUGUUUAAGAGUACUAUCUCUAUAAUCAUCUCAGACUGUAAGUAGGAUACUUAGUCAUAUAAAUACUAGGAUUGGAUUGAUCAUUUUAUCACAUAAUGAUUGUACAUUGUAAAAUUACUAUCAAUAAGUUACUUGUAUUGUACGUGCGUGUUAAUAAUUGCGACAUGUUUGUAAUUUUAAUUUAAAGUGUCAUUGCAACUUUUACGAUUAUUUGCGUUUAAUUAUAGAUAUUUAUAAUGGCCAAA